CAGGGCAUCCCACCACAGGACAUCUCAUACAGCAGACCUCAAGAAAGCAAAAGAAUAACACCAGAAACUGAAUCUCAUGAACAUACUUUAGAACAAGAUGAAAACACUGAAAGCAAAGUUCAAGAAGACAGAGAGUCAGGACUGGAGUAAAACCGAUGACAGAUUGCUGCAGGCUGUGGAACAGAAUGAUCCAGAAAAAGUAGCCACGCUGCUGGUGAAGAAAGGUCUCUGCCCCUCCAAAUUGGACACGGAGGGCAAAUCAGCGUUCCAUCUUUGCGCAUCUCGAGGUCGGUUGGACUGUCUAGAGGUCAUCCUUUCUCAUGGGGUGGAAAUCAAUGUAACAGACGGCACAGGUUUUAAUGCUCUUCAUCUUGCUGCUAAGAAUGGACAGCCAGAUUGUCUAAAGAGACUUCUUCAGGAGAGGAUACCUGUCGACUCCACGGACAGUUUUGGGAGGACUUCCCUUCACCAUGCUGCUGUAAGUGGCUGCUUGUCCUGCACUGAGAUUCUGUGGGACUUUAAAGCCAAUCUUGACGCUCAAGAUGGAGAUGGGUCAACUCCAUUGAUCCUGGGGGCCCAGAUGAGCAGAGUUGAGCUGUGUGCCUUUCUUUUGGAACGAGGAUCCAAUCCUAAUAUACAGGAUAACCAGGGCAGAUCAGCAUUGAUGUUGGCCUGCGAGAGUGACAGCAUGGAGACUGUAGAGGUGUUACUGAAGGGCGGAGCUAACCCACACCUAACCGACGCCCUGGGGCACAACUCCGCCCACUACAGCAUCACCACCGGCAACCAAAAUAUAACCCAGCUUCUGCAGAAUGAAGGCGUGACUGCAGCUGCUGAGGGUUCGAGUGAGGAGCAGGCUGCUCCUCCUCCCAAUCCCCCAUCUAGCGGAACCACACCUCGCAAGAGGAAAGCCCCUCCUCCUCCUAAAUCUCCUGCUCAGGGCCCGCCUCCUUCCUCAGACGCUUCAAGUAUGCCACCUCCCCCUGUCCCCACCCAGUUACCUGAAUCCCAGAGCCCUGGCCCGCCUUCUCCCGCCCCCAGGACCCAACGUCCCCAAUCUGAGAACCUUACAGAGGAUGAGGAGGUCUUUGAAGAGAUCCGUAAGCUUAGGCUGGAGAGAGGUCGCCUGCUGCAGAAAAUUAAGGUUCUGGAGCAGCAGCAGAGUAGCGCCACCACUGCCCUGGAGGAGCUAAACUCUCUGAGAGAGCGUCUGAGCGAGGCUGAGGCAGAGCGUGACCGGCUGCUGGCCGAUCUGGAGGAGUUGAGAUCGGCCCAGGUGAGCGGCGUGACCUGUGACUCGGAAGAUGCAGAGGACUCAGAUGACAUGCUGGACUUCCCAGGAGCAGAAAAGUUGCUGUCUAGGCAAUCACGAGAACUAGAUGCUGAUUCGCCGGCUGACCGGGAUGAGGGCGCCUCUCAGGGGAAUCCUGCCAUGGUGGAGCAGCUUCGUAGAAAAGUGGAGGAACUGACAUCCCAGAAUGCUGAACUGAUUCUCAAAGUGCAGAUGCUGGAGAUGUUUGAAAAGGAUGACACGGAUAUGCAGAGCUCGGGUCCAGAUUUUGUUCCUACAGCUCAGUAUGAAUCUCUGAGGAAAGAGUUUGAGGAACUACAGGAGAAAUACUCCAGAGCCCAGGCUUCGACUGAAGCCUCAAGCAUUGCAGAGGAUCCUGGAUCUGAGGAGAAAGAGCAGAAACAUCAAAAAGCGCUGGAGCAACAGCUGGUGCGAGCCCAGGCCGAGUUAGAGGAACUCAAAGAGCAGAUGCGUCUGGGGGUCUACUCCGUGGAGGACGCAGGAGAGAAGCCUGAAGGGGGCUCUGAGGCCCCCGAGAAAGGGGCAAAUUUGGAAACCCAGCAGCUGAGAGCGAGGGUGCAGGAGCUGGAGGCGGAGUUAGCCAACAAAAAGAAAAAUGGGGAGGGGCUUAGUGAAGGUGACAACGACAUCAUCCAACAGCUGAACGAGAGGGUAAAGGAACUUGAGGCAGAUCUGCAGGAUAGAGAGAAAAGGAAAGAGGGAGAGCAGGAGAACGAGACAGCUGUAAGUCUCAAAAAGCAGGUGGAAGAGUUGGAAAAAGCCCUGGAGCGAAGCAAAACAGCAGGGCGCGAGGAGGGCGAGGGAGCGCCGGUGAAUGGGUUGCAGGCACGGGUGGAAGAACUUGAAAGGGAGCUGAAGGAGAGCGUCCCUCGAGGUCGGUUUGAGGAGGUUCAGGUCACUUUGGGUCUUCAGCUUAACCAGCUAGCUCAAGAACGAGCCGAAGUGGCUACACGACUCAACCAGGCCUUGCUGGAGCUGGAAAGGCUCCGCCCCCCAUCCCACAUAGACGAAAAUGAGGACGACGAGGACCCGUCUGAAAGCUCAGAGGUUUCUAUUGCUUCUGAGCAAUCCCUGCAUCUGUCGCCGGGUGGACGGACCUUGGAGGCGAUACAGGAGGAGCUGGAAGUUGCAAGGCAAGAGGCAGCUCAGGCUCUGGACAGCCUAUGUGCCGAGAGAGAGAGCCGGGCUCAGGAUGCCCUACAUCUGAGAGAUGCAAUACCACUUGUGAAACACCAGGAGACGCUGUCUGCAGUAGCACAGCAGCUAGCUCAAACAGAGAAAGAGCUGCAAGCAGAGAGAGCACUGCGUGAGCAUGCUCAAACCGAGCUCACCAGACUGGAAUCCAAGCUGCAGGCUCUGCAAAAAGACUCAGUUAGUAAGGAUGAACAUGAUAAAGUCAAGGCAGAGCUAGAGCGCUCUCUAGAGGAGAGUCGGCAGAGUGCAACAGCGGCGCAGGAGUCUCUGAGCGAGAGAGAGACAGAAUUAAAAGAGCUGCGAUCACAGAAAGCUUUAGAACAGGGACUGGUGUCCAAAGAAGACCAUGAGGCCCAGAGACUCUCCCUACAGGCUGAGAUCAACACACUGACAGCCCAGUUGGCUGAUCUAGCACGCAAGCACGAGAAGACCUGCACUGAGGUGUUCCAGGUGCAGCGGGAUGCUUUAUUUAAUAAAAGCGAGCGUCAGGUGGCUGAAUCUCAGCUGGAGACGGUUAAAAAGCAGCUGGCGGAUCUCCAGGCUGAGUCCACCCACAUCCAACAGCUACAUCAGGACAUCCAGGACUCACAGGGGCUCGUCAAAGAGAAAGACCGCAAGUGGAAUUCCAGGUGAAAGACUGCAUUUCCCAUGAUUCUGCAAAAAAAUCGCCAACCAACAGCAACAGACACUUCAUCAGGUUUUGUCCACCAAUCAGACAAGCAAAUUGCGCCUAAAGACAACUUUAGACUUUAGACCAGACCAAUGGCACGAUUGCGAGUGUGAAAUAGCUUUUAUAAACAGUAACAGUUAAAUAAAUAAUAAGUUAAUACUGAGUAACUUACAUUUUAGACACAAUACUGCCAUUGUAUGGUUUUGCUCCACCAAUGAAAGUAGUUACCAAACGAGCAACACACACACACACACUGAAUAAAUCAGUGGUAUUGAACGAAUCGGUUAAGUAAAUGAUUCAGUGACUCACUUAUAAAGAGAACUAAUUAAUUGAGCAAAUGAGUCACAAAUCAGUGUUUUUGAACAACUAGGUUAGUGUAAGAUUCAUUGACUCUAUAGCCACUUUUCGCCACCUAAAAGCCUGUUUACACGAAGGACAAUAACUAUAACUGUAUACAGUUAUAAUAAUUUUAAUUCUAUGAGAAUAGGUCCACACCUAAACUAUAACGAUAUCGCUGCAGAGGAACGAUAUUGUUGGAAUCCCUUUCAGAAUGAUUUUUUCCAGCUGAUGAAUGAUAUAAACACUGAAAGCCAAUCAGAAUCAACCCGACUUUAAAGAGCUCAAGCAUUUAAAGCGGCAGAUGACAUAACUGCAGCGCGUGUUAUCGUGGGUUGGUGUGGAAGCUAAUAUGGUUAUUGUUCUUAUGAACAGGCCUUUACAAAUGCAGAAAGAUUGACAUUUGAGGGCAGGUACUGACUGUAUAAAAAUAUUAAAAAUAUAUAUCAAAUCAAAUAUGUGUUCCGUAAAACAAAUAAGGAAAAGGGAAAUUCAUAUUUUUGUGCCUAUAUCUAACGUUCAGUGACAUCUUUUGCCCUGACUUCUUACUAAUUUCUAACCCUGAUCCAGAUGCACAAUGCAUGCAUGUUUGUCCAGAUUUGAUUCUUUCUUUUUCCUCUUUCUUAACAUGUCCCUGCAGAUCACAGAGCUGUCUAAGGAAGUGUUUCGUCUGAAGGAGGCUCUGGGGGCUUUGACUCCCCCGCUGGGACGUUCCUCAUCUCCACCAUCCUCAGGGAUACCUGGACAACAGCUGGCACUGCAGAACCGUGUGACCACACUAAC